AUGUCGUGGAGCCGAGGAUGGCAGCAGGACGAGUGGAAGUCCAAGAGCUGGGAGGAGUCUACGGAGGUGCAGGAUCCAUGGUCCAACUACGGCAAGGCGCAGGAUGCUGGCAACUGGGGCAGUCACAAACAGGAUGACUGGCACGGGCGUGAGGACGCAAGCUGGAAGCAGGAGCAGGACCCUUGGGGCGCAUGGAAGAAGAGCGGGAAGGAUGACUGGAAGGAGCAGGAUCCGUGGAGCAGAGGUCGCAACGACAAGGAGAACGAUCCGUGGAGCAGAAGCCGCAACGACAAGGAUGUCUGGGGCGGAUACAAGAACAGCUGCGAUGAUCGUCAGGACAACUCAUGGAGUAGAUUCAGCAGCAGCCGCGACGAUCGUCAGGAUGCUUGGGGACAAAGCCGCGACGAUCGUCAGGACUCAUGGGGCCGCCAGCGAGAAGUGAAGGAGGACCCUUGGGGUUCGUAUCAGAAGGACUCCUACCAGAAGGACUCCUAUCAGAAGGACUCCUAUGGCAAGGACAGCUGGUCCAGAAGUGAUCGGCAAGAGGACAACAGAUGGUCGCAAGACCAAGGCGGAUGGGACAAGGAUGGAUCCCAGGAUCGCUGGGGCAAGGCACAGGAUAGCUGGUCCAGGAACGAUCGGCAAGAGGACAAUAGCUGGUCCAGAAAUGACCGGCAGGAGGACAGCUGGUCCAAGAACGACGGGCAGGAGGACCCAUGGGGUUCCUAUGGCCGUCAGGACGGCCAGGACAACUCUUGGAGUAACGCCAAGAAGGACAGCUGGGGGACCACUACCACAGGCUGGACCGCGCGGGAGGCCUAUGCGGGAAAGCUGCUGGAGGUCGACUGGGCCGCGCGCCCGCCAAUGGUGGAAGUGAAGAAGAACUUCUACGGCGAGGGCUUCGCGAACGUGCUGGCCACACAGCGCUCCGACGAGGAAGCGCAGGAGAUCCGGAGGGCCGCGAACAUCUCCAUCGAGCAUGGAGAGAGCGAAGCACACCCUGUGCCCAACCCUAUCAACUCCUUUGACGAGGCCUGCUUUGACGCCGAGCUCAUGGGGAAGAUAACAGAGCAAAACUUCAAGGAGCCCACUCCGGUCCAGAAGCAGAUCUGGCCCUUGGCCAUGCAGGGCCGCGAUGUGGUGGGGAUUGCAGAGACAGGCAGUGGAAAGACCAUUGCGUACCUACUGCCGAUGAUUGUCCACAUCACGUAUCAGUCGGAGCUGCAAGCCGGCGAUGGGCCGGUGGGCCUUGUCUUGGCUCCCACCCGGGAGCUGGCGAAACAGAUCAAGGAGGAAUGCGACACCUAUGCAUCGCUGAAAGGUCUGGUGACCGAAAACGUCGUCGGCGGCAUCGAGAAAUGGGAUCAGAAGAGGAGGAUUCAGGAGAAGAACGACAUUAUCGUGGCCACGCCUGGUCGCUUCAUGCAGGCGCUGGACGAGGAGUGGAUCCAGCUGAACCGCACAUCGUUUGUGGUGCUGGACGAGGCGGACGAGAUGUUGCGCAAGGACUUCAGCGAGCAGAUCCAGAAGAUCCUGGGCCAGGUGCGCAGGGAGCGCCAGGUGCUGAUGUUCUCGGCCACCUGGCCCGAGGAAGUGGAGAAUCUGGCUCAGCAGAUUUGCACAGCCAGCGAGGGCAUGCCCCCAGUCUAUGUGCGCAUCGGGGAAAACAAGAUGGCAGCCUGCCGGUACAUCGAGCAGAUGACCGUUGUGGUGGACGGCGAAGAGGACAAAUACGAGAAGCUGCUCGAUAGCCUCAAGAAGUCUGAGUCUAUAGGCUCCGACAAGGCCAUCAUCUUCUGCAGGAGCAGGUCCACCGUGCAGACGCUGGUGGACAAGCUCAAGGAAGACGAGUUCUUCUGGGAGGAGGGGAAGUGCAAGGUGGAAGCCCUGCACGGGGAGAUGAAGCAGAUGGACCGCGACUGGGUGAUGCAACAGUUCCGCAAGGAAGACCUGCCACUGGUCGUCUCCACAGGUGUUCUGGCAAGGGGGCACGACAUCCCCAAGGUCCGCUUUGUCUUCAACUACGAUCUGCCACGAGAGCCGGAGGACUACAUCCACCGUGUGGGCCGCACCGGGCGCGCGGGGGCGAAGGGCUAUGCCAAGACCUUUGUGGACCGGAAGAGUUGGAAGGAGAUGGAGUCGGCCUGCAGCUUCCUGAAGACGGUCUUCCAGAACACCAGCCAGACCAUCGAGCCGGACUUUCAGGAGCUGAUCGACAACUAUGACAACGCAAAUCAGGAGUGGCCCGCUGAGGCAGUGCAGGACGGCCAGGCCUGGUCCGGGGAAGCCGCCGAGGCGUGGUCCGGGGAAGCCACUCAGCAGGAGUGGUCCGGGGAAGCCGCCCAGCAAGCUGAGGCGUGGUCCGGGGAAGCCACUCAGCAGGAGUGGUCCGGGGAAGCCGCCCAGCAAGCUGAGGCGUGGUCCGGGGAAGCCACUCAGCAGGAGUGGUCCGGGGAAGCCGCCCAGCAAGCUGAGGCGUGGUCCGGGGAAGCCACUCAGCAGGAGUGGUCCGGGGUCGCUCAGCAGGCUGAGGCGUGGUCCGGGGAAGCCACUCAGCAGGUGGAGCAGGAGCAGGAGCCGACAGACGAGGAGCCAGUCAACGACCCGGCGAGCUCCGGUCUGGAGUGGUCGAGCGACAAGCAUCUCCCCACCAGUGAUGAGCUCAUAGAACUCUCCAAGGAGCAACAGGAAGCAAUUUUGGGUGGAUCGGGCGAUUUGUCCUUCAAUAUGUCUCCGUGGAUUCGAGCUCUCGUCAGCAUUGUGUACGACUUCAACGAGGGGCUGCCGCAGUACUGUGCAGAGCAAGUCCUCGUUCUUUCGAACUGCGUGCCUGCAGAGUUUCAGCAGACCCUUCAGCACCAAACCACCAAGCAAGGCGCGUCAUGGCGUGAUUUUAUUUGCAGCCUCCAGAAAACCACUCCCGUCACCAAGAAUCCGGUCCUCUUGAAGUUUCGUGGAAAGCGUGUGGAGGAGGAGGUGCUGUCAAGCCAGUCCAAGCUGUUGGGGAUUGGCUACUCGUUGCUGGGAGCGGCGCUGGACGCAUGGGCUGUUGCGGCGGGCCACGACAGCAAGUUCUGGGAAGCGUCGGACGUUUUCCUCAUGAUCGCCAAUUGCCAGGCUAUCAAGCGAGAGCAAUCUCUACGCAAGGAUGUUCCGGACAGCAAGUUUCGGAUCUUGCGCAAGAUGGUUGACGGCAAAGAGGUGUUGGCCUUCCGCGUGGUUCCCACUGCUGCCCGGCAGUUCGACAACCCGACCGUUAGCCAGUACUAUAACGGCAAUAGUGUGAAGUUGCAUCGAGCGGUGGUGCAGUCGCAGAGCAGUCACAACCCGCAGCAGCAGCCAGCCAAGAGACAAAGACAGGGUUUUCCCGUGGAGCCAUGGUCUUGUCUGCCUGCUUGGCGCUCCGGCUGGCAUUAUGGCUGGCACAGCGGGGAUCACUCCGAGUGGGAAGCCGGGUGGCAAGACAGACAGCCCUCUGUUGCAAAGUCGCAAAGAAAUCGCUGCCAGUUCCAGAAGGACGCAGUUCAGCCCAUGGAGCCUGACCAGCCUGAAAAGGGCCGAUGGCGGAAAGCGGCUGCAGCCCAGGCCGAAGAAGAGCGCCGUGCGGCGACCGAGGCAACCGAGGCGACCGAUGCGCAGGAACCCACUGCGACGUCCGCCGCUGAGGUGGCGGCAUGGCAGGCACAGGCUGCGACGUCUGCGGCCGAUGAGGCAGCGUGGCAGGGACAGACAUCUGCGACUGCAGUCGAUGAGGCAGCAUGGCAGGAGCAAGCGGCGUCCGACGCGGCGUGGCAGGCGCAGGCGCAGGCGCAGGCGGCACAGGCACAGGUCUGGAACGGCGAAUCGGAAGAGGCCUGGGCCUCUGCUGGCGACUGGAAUCAGGCGGACGUCGUCAGAGCUCAGGCCGUGACGACUUGGACGGCUGAGGCAGGCGAUCCGGCCUGGGAGAUGGCGCAGUGGCAGGGCGUGAGUUGGGAGACCUAUUGCGGGAACGCCAUGUACUACUACGACCAGUGGCAGCACGAGCGCAACUCCCAGUGGACAGCUGGUGCCGAGGAGGGCCAGGGCACCUGGCCCGGGCCUGCCACCGUCGAGGCAGAGCCUUUCGUGCUGGCGACGGAUGACGUGGGCGAGGUGAUCAAGGUGCCAGAGGAGGCGAAAGCUGUGGAGAAUGGUGCGGAGGUGCCAGAGGCAACCGCCGAUGCAAAGGCUCCAGCAUCAGAAGCAGCCGCGGACGCAACCCAGGCAGAAGAAAUCGCUGCAAGCAAGGCGUCAGAUGCAGCUGCUGUGGCAGUCGAGGCAUCGGAAGCCGUUCCGGAGGCGACGGAGGCGCCGAUGGAUGCGCUGGCACCGCAUCCUCCUGAGGCUUUGGAGGUGCUGGCUGCCUUGGUCAAGGCGUCUGGUCCCCCCCCGGGCCUCGAGGGUGAGAAGGACGACCUGAAGGAGUUCGAAGGCUUCUGGGACGGCUCCGAAGGCGCCACCGCCGCGGCCCCGGAGGUGCAAUCAGCGGGCUGCCCCGUGAUUUCCAUCGACCAGGAUCCGCCCAAACGGGAUUCGCAAGAGACGGAGCCGAAGGCCGAGGCCGAGGCCGAACAGGCGCAAUGCCCAGAGGGGACUGCACUCGAGAAGACCGAGGAGACCGAGGCGGUUUCUGAGGUUGAUGCCGAGAAGGCUACCGAGGUCCCGGAUGCCGAGGUCGAGGAGAGCGGGAAGGCGGUUCCGGAGGUCGAUGCCGAGAAGGGUAGCGAGGACCCAAAGGACGAGCCUCUGGCGGUUGCGGCGUCGUGGCAAUAAGUGACGAGAUCGGGGACGAGCUCAUCGAAUCGCUGAAAAAGCCUGCAGCCUGCGGGCCCCCUCGCGUGGGAGUGGGUCCUUGACUGUGGUCAAGGGCCUUGGGCCAACUGGCGGUUCCAACAUGCGGCCAGAAGCUGGGUGGGAAGCCAAUCGCCCCUUUGCCGGAAGUUCCGGCCAGAAUCGGCUCUAAGCUGCGAGCUCAGAGCCGCCAACGGCAAAAAGCGGCUUGGCCGGGUUGCCAUUUGGCGUGACCUUGAACCCUUAAACCUGGUGGAAAUAACUAUUGCCAACACGCUGGCAAAAGGUGUAACUUUGUGCAGACCAAUCCAGAUGUGUUCCUGUGUUGAGUCCUUUGUCGGCGAGCCGGAAGCUGAAUUGCCGAUUUUAACAGGGCGGUUUUGUGUUGAGCUCCCCCGACUGAGCACACUGAAUGGGACAAAGUCUCA